UCGAGCCUUCAUCUAAUCGAGACAGAGGAAGAGGCGGCAGCGGCAGAGGCAGAGAGAGAUAAAGAAGAAGAAUUUAACGGUUCCCGGUUGUUGAACCGCUCCGGUCUCCACGGUGCCCUGCGGCUUAUGAACAGUUUGGGGCUUGGGGUGACGGUCAUUUAGUCGACUAGCAGUUAUAGUCACUUCAAUUAGAUAGGUCACCACCAUGUUUUUACUAAAGGUAGCAAUGUUUUGACAGCUUACCACCCUAAAGAGCAUCACUGCACGCAGAGAGCCAGAGCAAUGGAGGGAGGCUCUGAGCUGAUGGAGGAUAUUGUAUUUCGGGGGGUGGAGUUUUCCGUGAAGAUGGAGGUGGACAAGGGUUUGCUCAUUGUCGAAAUUUCUGAUUCAAUGACAGCGGAUCAGUGGACGGGGGAGUUUGAUCCAGCAUAUAUUGAAGACCUCACUCGCAAAACUGGAAACUUCAAGCAGUUUCCUAUUUUCUGUAGCAUGCUGGAAUCUGCAGUGAGAAAGACGAGUGACUCUGUUACGCUUGACCUCCUGACCUAUGCUGACCUGGAGCUACUGCGAAACAGAAAAGCAGGGGUGGUCAGUCGUCCUCGCAGCCAUCAGCAGCCAUCUGCUCUCACCGCCAAAAGAUAUCUCAUUCUCAUAUACACAGUGGAGUUUGACAGAAUUCACUACCCUCUACCUCUGCCCUAUGUGGGAAAGCCUGACCCAGCUGUCCUGCAGAAGGAAAUCAGAGCGCUCAGGGCUGAGCUCAGUGCUCUCACCUCUCACGGAGUUAACAAAUCUGCAGAUCUAGAAAUACAGCGGCUACGAGCAGAGCUGGCUCUGGUUAAAGAGGAAAAGGAGAGCAUGGCGAAGGUUCUGGAGCGACUGCAGUUGAGUGGAAAUGAUCCCACAUCUGGACGAGAGGACUGGAGAAUGAGAGAUGUGGUGAGGACGCUGGAGGAGCAACUUGUCAAGGAAAGGGCCAAAAGUCAGCGCUCGAUGAGCAAGAGAUGUCAGGAGCAGCGACUGCUAGUGGAGCAGUUAGAGGAGCUGAGAGCAUCAGAGUGUGCUCUCCGUGUUCGUGUCAAGAGUCUCACCAAUGAACUGGCGUUACUACGGAGAGGGUUAGACAAUCUAAGCGUCAGAGUGACUCCUGUGUCGGGUCGUAUCAGCUCACGGGUAGAUGGAGAAAUUUAUCGCUCACUUUCUCGGGAGAGAAGGUCUGGGUACGGGACAAUCAGGGCUCGCUCGGGAUCUAGAGAACGUACAGAGGAUAGAGGACAGAGGUUGGUAGAAAGAGGAAGACGUGCAGACUCCUCGGGACCGCGUGCUCACAUACCCAGGCCAUCACCUUCCCCCACAGGGUCACGGGUUCCACGCUUUGAUCCAACAGCAUAUAUCCAGGACAGGCAGCGCAGACAGAAGGAGGCAGAAAUCAAAAAACAAAGGAAGGUGCGAAGGGACAUGCUGGCAUCACCCGUGCUCCCCGAGAGAGGCCGUUCACGUUCCAGAGAAGCCUAUCCUCAGCUGACCCGGUCAGGCAGCAGAGGCAGGAGUUUAUCUAUGGAGCGGCGAGGGAGCAGGAACUCCUCUGAAAGCUCGUUAGUGGACAUGGAUGAAAUGACCAAAACUCUGUACAGAGGAAGAAAACAGACUUACAAUGGACCCAAUGUGUCCAGGGGAGGCCUUCUGUCCAGGAAGCCAUUAUGCAGCACACCAACACUCAGAGUCAAAGACAAAGAAAGCUCUGUAGAUACAGGUACAGAGCUAUCAGAGAUUGAUGCAAGGCUGCAGGCACUGCAGGAGUACAUGAGAGACUUGGAUACAGGACAUUGACCUGCUGCACAGGAUUGUCUGAUUUCAUCAUCUGCAUAAAACUGAGGAAGAAAUCCUGAUUUGGACCCGAGCUUCGGGUUUAGCAGAGUAUGCACUAACAUCAGAGACUAAAACUCCCUCUGGAAGCUCAGACUUCUGGAAACUACAGCCAUCAAUAUGAAGGUCAUUGGACUACCUUUUUGUGGACUAAUUUCUUAUGUUUUUAUAAAUUAACUUAAAAUAUGACUGUCUGUGUGUUGCCAGCUUUUCCCCCCCUUUUUUAAGCCCAAACAAACUGAUACAUGUGUGUAAAAUUUGGCAUUGCCUGGUAAAUGUUGAUCUUUCAAAGGCUUGUUUAAUAGUGUGGGCAGAGUUGAGUCCUUUUAUAUUCAGUCCAUGAUGCAGAAAGGCAUUUCGUCACUGGGUUUGCAGGUAGAUCAUUUAUCUAUCUAUCAGCACGCCAACAUCCAUGUCUGAUCCUUGCUUUCAUCAUCAGUUUAAAAUGCAGAACAUUUUUUUACGAUUUCUCCGUUAAUGAGUUGGUGUUAAAAAAGUGAUCCAUACAUCUUUUGAUACAUUACAGAAAUGUCCAUGAGUAUGAGUAUACCAAAAUGUUAUAGUACAUCCACACAUUUAAACAUGUAAUGGGCUGUUGUUUCUACCACCCAGUGCUUGCUGGGAUGCCUUACAGCUCCUGUGCUCUGAAUCAGUGGAUGACAUAAGUGAUACAUGGUGGUCAGUUUUCCACUUUUUUUUUUAAAAUUAUUAUUAUUAUUAUUAUUAUUUUACCUUGUCUUCCCACUUUGAAGUAAGGAUUAUCAGUGCAUCUCAAGUAUUUUGUUACCACUAUACAGUCUAAUUGUUCCACACAGUGCAAUACAAUACAGCCUUUUCUGCCCUUUAAAUUCAGCAUUAUUUUGAUGGUAUCACAAACUGAUUCCAAACUUGUUAGACAUCUCUAUAAGGGAACAAUAUUUACCAUAAAAACAAUGUUUUAAUAGACUAUGCUGAUGGUGCAUGUAACGUGUGUAAAAACUUGGCACAUUUUUCAUAAGAAAGUGCCAAAUAUUUUCUGAAACUGUUGUCUGCAGACUGUUACUAGAACUUUAUCCAUUGUUUUUAUACCACCUAAAAUAUAAUUUAUAAGAAAGA